CAGAUUCCGUCAAGUAACAAAACAAGCGGCGGACAGUGGCGCGGUGAUACUGUUGUUGCGUUCACGGAGUUUUUCCUCAAUGUGUAAAGUUUGACGUUUUGUGAUUUUGUUUGUUAUUGUGAAAUCAAUGUUAUAACUCAAGGAUUUUAACCUUUUUGGAGUUCUGUGCAAGAGCCUUAUCAACACAACGCGGGGCCACUUACCAACCUAUCUAAAAAACAUUGCCUUUCCUAAAAUCAAACAUUGUGAUAAAAUUCGUGCAAGAAAAAUGAACAUGCAGAGUAUUCAACUACAAGAAAUUCUCCCAGGGACUCGGAUGGUGGUCGAAAAGUCCGCGAUAGUGAAUUCUAGCGGACAUACCGUGAAAAAGUUGCGAAUAUCCCGAUUGCGCGACGUGGAGUGUAGAGUUUCGAGGGUGACUUCUGAUGCGGAUACUUCGCCUCUGAGUCCCAAUCAAACUGAUAAACAUUUGGGGAGUACUGUUGUCAUUGCAGACAAGUAUGAAUUGUUGGAACAGGUGGAGGGAAGCUCUCUCUAUAGAUGUGUGGAUAUCAAUACUCGAGAGGAACUGGUUUGUAAGGUCGUCCCCCGUGACAGCCAUUCUCUGGUGUCUGCUCAUUACAAAUUGGAUUUUCAUCCGCGCGUAUCUUCCAUCCACGAAGUUAUAUCGAAAAAUUCUCACAUGUACCUGGUUUUUCCUAAGCCUCACGGUGAUUUGCAUUCCUACGUUAGAACAAGAAAAAGACUGCGCGAAUCCGAGGCGAAAAAGCUGUUCAAACAAAUCGCCGAAACGGUCCAAGUGUGCCACGAAAAUGGCAUCGUUCUCCGGGACCUGAAAUUAAGGAAAUUUGUUUUCUCCGAUCACGAGAGGACGGAGCUUAAAUUAGAGUCUUUAGAAGAUGCUGUAGUAUUAGAUGAACCAGAAUAUGAUUGGCUACACGAUAAGAGGGGGUGUCCUGCUUACGUGAGUCCCGAAAUUCUGAAAACCGGAGCACAGUAUUCUGGAAAAGCUGCUGACAUGUGGAGCUUGGGGGUCAUUUUGUUCACCAUGUUGGUUGGGAGGUAUCCUUUCAAUGAUUCCGAGCAUAUUUCUCUCUUCGUGAAAAUCUCCAGAGGGCAUUUCGUGAUUCCUGAAUCCAUUUCGCCUAGAGCUCGAUGUCUUAUCAGAUCCCUGCUCAGAAGAGAACCUUCAGAACGGUUAACUUCCGAAGAUAUUCUCUACCAUCCGUGGUUGACGAAAGAGGACCGGAACUGGAAGCCUUCGCCAUGUGAUCAAGUAGUGCCCGAAUGUAGUUUCUACGAUUAGUUCCUAAGUUUUUUUCUGUGAAAAAAAUUCGGGACAACGUGCAAAUCUUGUGCUGUGUUUUAGGAAUAAGUAAGAUGUUUGCUGUAUAUCGUGAGGGUUGGCUGACUUUUUUUAGAGAUUUUUAUCUAUUUUAGUUGACCUUUUGUCGAAAUUUGUCAACCUUUUCGAUAUACUGCAACGUCUGUUGAAGCCAUUCUGUACAUUUUAAGUUUUGGAAGAUUGAGGUAUUAGUUUUGUUUUCAUCUUGUAUGCAAUGAAAGUUUUUAGUUAAAUUUAUUUAUUGAUAUUGUUUAAUUUGGCUCCACCAAAAGUCUUUUUAAUCUUUUUGUUGCUUUUCUGUUUCAGAUUAUUUUCUGAUGUGACUGUUGUACAUUUAUAUUUUUUCAUUCUCGCACUUUAAGUUUUAGGUCAGUUGGCAAACUGAAUAUUUCUCUGUUUGAAGGCAUCACUGUAUCAUUCAAGUGAUUUUUUUCGAAGACUGAAUUAUUUUGUUUGGUGGAUUCGAAGGUUGAUUUCUUGUUUUUCUUUUUAUUGGCAAUCCACUGCCAAACGUUGUUACCUAAUAUUAUACCACCAAAUAUGAUUAAAAUUGCAUUGUAUCGCUGCAAGGAAAAUGAAUUUGAGUAUAUUAUUUAUUCAUACUCAUUUCUGCAAAUAUUCCAAGCAUUUUCACUCUAUUUAAUAGUCAUUUUAAACUUUUUCUCUUAACAUUUUUUCUUUGGAACAUUUUUUUCUUAUAUUUUUACUCAACCGUUGGCUACAGUGUUGUUAUCAGUUGGUGACUUGCAGCAAUAUGACGUAAGAUAUUCUACUUAGGUGACGUUAAUGUUUGAAAAAUUCAAAAUUGUGAUGCUGUUGAAAAUUAGUUUUGUGAUCUCGGUCAGAGAAUUUGACCACAUUGUAUAUUUUUGAACUGAUCAUGUACAUAGAAGUCGUUGUAUAUUUCGUUUUAUUAAUUUAUAUUAUGUUAAUUGGUAUAUCGAUGUAUAUCGUGUAAAUAGCUUGGCAUUUGUGAGAAAAAAUUCAUCGGUGGUAUAUUAUGUUGUUCAUAAUAAAACGAUAGUUUUUGUAAA